CUAACCACCAAGACACAAUUGAAGAAAUACACUAUUUGGGAACUAAAUGCAAAGCUUUCUUUCUGCAUGAUUAUUUUGGGAGAAAAUCAAGUUUGAUAUAUAAUUUGUAUUAUUUCAAAUGGCUCUUGCAGCAGGUAGCUUCACCCACAUGCCAGUGCUGCCCACCCUCAAAUAUACGUCUAAAAAUUCUAUGACAAUUAGCAUAAAAUGUGCUAACAACAACAAAAACAAAACAAAAGUUGAUCGAAAGAAACCAAUAGGUAGCACAGGAGGCGGAGGAUUGGGAAAAGGUCCGGGAACGACGAAAAAUCAGCGACGUAAACAACCAAUGGGUAGCACAGGAAGCGGAGGAAAGGGGACUGAUGCGCAAACGGAGAAUACACAGAUACCAACAAACUCUGAUGACGAUGAAGAUCAACUUGACAACACUUUUGCAUUCAAUCUUACCAGCAAUGAGUGGGUGGUGGUUUUUCUUCUUUUGAUCCUCUUUGUAGGUUCAACAUUGUUUAAAGCACAUUAAUUAGAGUUGUUUUAAUUAAUUUUCUCAUGAAAUUAAUGGACGUUGUUUUGGGAUUCUUAUUGUGGGGAAUAAUACAUUGAAAUAAGAAUUAAUGAUGGUUAAUAUUA